AUGAGCUCCCCCAGGACACCCGAGGACGCUCUAUCCUCUCAGUCACCGCCAACAACAGAUACCAUUUCCAAGGGAAAUGCUGUUGCGCCAGAUCCAAACGAUGUAUUUUGGGAUGGUGACGACGAUCGAUCAAAUCCCAAGAACUGGAGCGUUGUACGACGAUGGUCCCAUAUUGUCAUGAUUUCGCUUCUGACCUUUAUCACGUAUGUGGCAGGUCCCAUUGUCAAACCGUUUCCCCCGCUCCCAGACGUAAUGAAAUCGCUUCACUCCGAUAACUCAGAACUUGAAUCUUUCGUUGUUUCAAUUUAUGUCAUUGGAUUUGCGGUGGGGCCACUGCUUGUGGCGCCGCUGUCUGAACUUUAUGGUCGCGCGAUUGUGUACAAUGUCUCGAAUGUCAUCUUCCUCGGAGCGACGAUCGGAUGUGCUCUUAGCACAGAUGUAGGAAUGUUUCUCGCGUUUCGUCUACUUUGCGGUUGUGCCGGAGCUUCGCCUCUUGCGCUAGGUGGAGGCUCGAUUAGCGACAUGAUGGAGCCUGAACGGAUGGGAACUGCCAUGGCUAUAUGGGGUCUGGGCUCGUUGGCGCCACCGGUAUUCUCUCCUAUUGCUGGUGGAUAUCUUAGCCAAGGCGCAGGAUGGAGGUGGAUCUUCUGGGUGAUUGCCAUUCCAAUGGGUAUUCUCACAGCCGUAUCUCCUUUUUUAAUCCAGGAAAGCUAUGCUCCGGUCCUUUUGGAGCGCAAAGCAGAGCGUCUACGCAAGGAAACAGGCAAUCAUCAGUUAAAAUCACGCCUGGACAGACAACUAUCUCAGAAAAGACUCGUUGUUGACACUCUCAUCCGGCCUCCCCGAAUUCUUUUCACAUCACCGAUUGUGAUGCUCCUUGCAGUAGACACUGCCAUAGUUUAUGGGUACCAGUAUCUGGUCUUCACAACACUUUCAUACAUCUUCCAAGAUCAAUACCAUCUAUCAACGGGUCUAUCAGGACUUGUAUAUUUGGGCAAUGGAAUUGGGACAGUCCUAGGAAUUUUCAUCAUCGGCUAUGCAUCUGACAAAGUCACCGAGCGAAGAAAAAAAGGGGCUUUAAAUCCAGAUGAAACCCUCCCGCCAGAAGGCUGGCUCUGGCCCAUGCUCCCUUCAGGCUUCCUAGUCCCUGCAGGUCUAUUCUGGUACGGCUGGUCACUGCAAAGAAACGCAUUUCCGAUAGUACCCCUCGUGGGACUAGGUGUAUUUGGGUUCGCCAUGAUGGGCAUCUUCCAGCCAGUGCAGAUCUACGUGGUGAACGCAUUUGGAAAGCAUGCUGCGUCUGCCAUGGCAGCGACUGCCGUGCUGCGAAGCCUAGUAGGUGCUUUGUUGCCUCUUGGAGGACAGAGAAUGUAUGAUGCUCUGGGUAUGGGGUGGGGGAAUAGUCUGCUGGCAUUUAUUUCCUUGGGACUUGUGCCAGUUCCAUUUUUGAUGAUGAAAUAUGGAGCUCGCCUGCGAAGACGGGAUCCAAAUCUGAGAUAA